AUGCGCAAAACAAAGCAAAAUGUAACGACACCGCCUGCUGCGACGGGGAUUCAGCAUACUGGUCAAGCGAUACGUGCGCCCUGCAGUGCUGCAUCUCCAUCGGCAACCUACCAUGGUGCUCUCUCAUGCGACACCAUGGCGACACGCCGCUCUGAUCAUGGGUUCUUCUUAAUUGACCAAGCUGCUCCGGCAAGCACAAAAGAGCCGCAUCCUCCUGAGCCAUCCAAAGACCAGCCAUCCCAAGAGUCUAGAAAUGACAAUAUCGACGACACUACUCCGCAAGAGCCCCCUGCUCCCGCUGCGAGUGGCGAGCCAGCCCAAGAAGAUGCCAUACCGGCGAGAAAACGGUUAAAGAGCCCGACAAACUCCGUCAAGGCAGGUGAUCGCACUCGGUCGCCUUCUCCUAAUAGGCGCUCAAAGGGCAGACAAAUAACCCCAGCAGACGACGAGCCCACAGCCGACUUUCCCGCAAGACCUAAAGCUACAACGAAUGGCCGCUUGUGGGAUGAGGGCGAUCCCACCUUAACUCGCAACCCGGCUGCCCAGCCCUCUCCUCAACAACAUUCACUUCCGUCUCGACGCCGCGAGAACAAAGUCAGUAGCCAGACGGUGGAAGAGGAGGAUCCUUCCGUGAAUACAAUGCUUCCACAGCCUGAGACUCGUCCGAUCAGUCAGGAGCAAUUAGUUGCCGAAGUAAAAGGAAUUUAUGCGGGCCUGGUAAUGGCCGAGUCCAAGUGCAUUGAGGUGGAUAGUUCGCAAAGCGCACAAAAUGAUUCAAGUCCAAAACUCGAUAAUGAACAGUGGCAAGCGCUGAUCGCGCUGCACCGUACUCUUUUGCAUGAACACCACGACUUCUUUUUAGCCUCGCAACAUCCUUCGGCAAGCCCGGCUCUGAGAAGACUUGCGUCAAAAUAUGCCAUGCCAGCAAGAAUGUGGCGCCACGGUAUACAUUCAUUCCUUGAAUUGUUGCGCCACAGGCUUCCUGCGUCGUUGGAACAUAUGCUCACUUUUAUCUACCUCGCCUAUUCCAUGAUGGCUUUGCUGUACGAAACAGUGCCCAAUUUUGAAGACACAUGGAUCGAAUGUCUCGGAGAUCUCGGUCGAUACCGCAUGGCUAUCGAGGAUGAGGACAUACGUGACCGGGAGAUUUGGACAGAUGUGUCGCGGUACUGGUAUUCGAAGGCAAGCGACAAGGCGCCCACCACAGGAAGACUGCAUCAUCACCUGGCAAUUCUUGCACGGCCGGAUGCGGUCAAGCAGCUGUUCUAUUACACCAAGAGUCUGUGUGUUGCGAUACCAUUCAAAUCCGCCAGAGACAGCAUUCUCACCCUGUUCGACCCGAUCAUCAACGGAACUCAGACUCGUCUUCAAGCCAUUGACCUCAGCUUCGUGAAGGCCCAUGGUAUCCUUUUCAUUACAAGCAACACAGACGAGAAACACAAAGCUUUCCCAAAGAACCGUGAUGAAGUCAAGGUCGAGUACGAAAAGGCCAAGAGAGAGUUUCUCUCACACCUGGAUAACCACAUUGCGCGAACAACCAGGAGCUGGAUGGAGCCCGGCGCGUUGAUUGCUAUCUCAAAUUGCAAUUCUCUACUGGAGUACGGCAAAAGUGAGGCAAACACCAAUGGCAAACCCAACGUUUUGAUGACUGCCAUUCUGCCAAAGUCAGACAGCGACACCUUCAUGGGAUAUUCAAUUGAUGACAAGCCAGUACCAUUCGAAGUCUUCAGCGAGGCCUCUGAUCUUGCCAAGCAGUGUGACGCAAUCAUCUCUCGCCGCUACGGUGACCCGAACAUCCUGCCUUAUCUCAAUGUCCGCCUGUCUUUCAUGAGGUUUAUAUGUGGCAACGAAACUGCUAUUGGGCAUCUGAAAGACUGUUUACCUUGGGAGUUGGUGGCUCUGAUGCUGAAUUCUCUGUCAAUACAGUGCCAGAGUCAUCAGAGCGUUGAGUCUGAAGAAUUCCCUCGGUCAGACGACCGACCUUUGCCUGAAGAUUGGCACCUCCGAGGGCUCCUCUGGGCUGACCAACUGUUCCCGCCUGACUGGUUCAACAAUGACAAGGUCGACGACGAAGAGAGAACAUUCGAGCUGCCUUCCACCACCGAGAACAGAAAGGAGCGAGUCCUCUGGCUGGGCUAUCAACUCGCCGUUCCUGGCAAGUGGCUCAACAAACGGCUCCCAUCUCGACGGCCGCCGCGCCUCAAUGCGAACACCUACCCAGAUGAAUUUCUGCUCUCUUCCUCGCCUCGCCGCUCCACCGGUCGACUGAAGCGCUCCUUCCGGGCACAUAGACCACAGAUAGCACGACAAGCGGCAGAGGCGGCCAUGGGUUCCGAGGCGCCUCUGAGGGUCCUCUCUCUCGAUGGCGGCGGCAUCCGCGGCAUAUCAAGCCUCCUCAUCCUCGAGGAUGUCAUGGAGAAGCUCCGCGACGCCCUGACUCUCGACAGCAUCCCGCGGCCCUGCGACUUCUUCGACCUGAUUGGGGGCACGAGCACUGGAGGGUAG